CGACCGAGUUGAUCGAGAGGCCGACGAAUCCAUCAGUCUCUCUCUAUAUAGCCUCAUACUUGCCACCAUCUCAGUGCCUUCUACUGAGCUUACCACAAUGGCGACCGGCAUGGUGGAGAAGAAGGUGGACGACGACAAGGCUGCGCCAUCCAUCAUCUGCAGUUUGCCCAUCAAGGAGAUCCCUGGGAGCUGCAACCACUCCCUCGUCUCCCGCAUAAAGACCCGCCUCGAAUUCUACUACAAACAGCGGGAGGAGGAGUUCUUCCGGUCCCGCAUCGCAGCCCAUGGCUCCACCGUCUUCCGCCUCAACAUGCCGCCGGGGCCGUUCAUGGCCGCAAACUCGAGGGUCGUUGCGCUCCUGGACGCCAAGAGCUUCCGGGUGCUGUUGGACGUGUCCAAGGUGGACAAGAAGAACGUGCUCACCGGCACCUUCGUGCCCCCGGUCGCCCUCACCGGCGGACACCGGAUGUGCGCCUACCUCGACCCCUCCGAGCCCGACCACGCUCGGGUGAAGCAGCUGGUCUUCAACCUCGUCGCCGCCCGCAAGAACUUCUUCAUCCCGGUCUUCCGUUCCAACUUCGCUGUCCUCUUCGAGGCGAUGGACGCCCAGGUGGCCUCCGCCUCCGGCAAGUCCGAUUUCAACAAGCUUAGCGACGCGGCCGUGUUCGACUACUUCUGCGAGGCCUGCUUCGGCGUCCGGCCCUCCGCCACCGCCCUUGGCGCCACGGGACCCACCAAGGCCACCAAGUGGCUCUUUCCGCAGAUCGCCCCGCUUAUGACGCUGGGCCUCCCCACACUGCUGGAGGAGCUCUUCCUCCACACCUUCCCGCUGCCCUCCUGUCUCUUCUCCUCCGACUACAAGGCCCUCUAUCGGUACUUCGAGUCCGCCGCAUCGUCCACGCUCGACGACGCCGAGAAGCUCGGCCUCAAUCGCAAGGAGGCCUGCCACCACAUCCUCUUCGUCGCCAUCUUCAACGCCUUCGGCGGCUUCAAGGCGGCGCUCCCGGGGAUCUUCGGUUUGGUGGCGGAAGCCGGCCCUAGCCUCCACUCCCAGCUCGCCGAGGAGAUCCGAUCCGCCGUGGCAGCGGAGGGCGGAGAGGUGACGCUGGCGGCAGUGGAGCGGAUGGAGCUGACGCGCUCGGUGGUGUACGAGGGGCUGCGCCUGGACCCGCCGGUGAAGUACCAGUACGGCAAGGCCAAGGCGGACCUGAUCAUCGAGAGCCACGACGCGGCGUACCAGGUGAAGAAGGGGGAGAUGCUCCUCGGCUACCAGCCCUGCGCCACGAAGGACCCCAAGGUGUUCGGCCCUAACGCCGACGAGUUCGUCGCGGACCGCUUCCUGGGGAACGCCGGGCGCAAGCUGCUCGAGUACGUGGUGUGGUCCAACGGGCCGGAGACGGAGGAGCCGACGGUGGGCAACAAGCAGUGCGCCGGGAAGCACCUGGUGGUGCUCGUGGGCCGGCUGCUCCUGGUGGAGUUCUUCCUGCGGUACGACACCUUCACAGCCGACGUCGGAACGGUGCUGCUCGGAAAACAGGUCAACGUCACCUCCCUAUCGAAACCCACCGUGCAGUCCUAAGUUCCUCCUCCGUCUCUCUACCCUAUCACCGCUUCACCGAAAUAAGUUCCAAUAAAUUAAUGUGCUUGGUUUUUUUUUGUUUGUAUAUUUGUCGUUUGUUGAUUGGUCUUUAUUUUGUAUCUUUCCAAUAUAUAUUUUAUAUGCAAAUAUCCAAAGCCACGCACUUUGGUUGGAUUUA